GAUGGAAAUUUGGGGGGCUAACACACCUAAAGUAUCCCCGUUGUUGUUGCCACCACACAAGGCUUCUCCUUGGAGAGAUGGCAUAUGGGGCUUUGUGGGGCUCAGCAUCAGUAGCAUUCUGGUGGCAAAAUAACUAAAACCCUGACUUUGCGAUCUGCCGGGGCCAUAGGACUUCCUGGUUGAAGCUUCUCCUUUGAUAGGUACAGAGCCUUCUUUUGGGUUUCCACCAGAUGAACACAAAGAUGUGAGCUGAGGGGGUGUAUGGGGGACGGAGGGAGACACCACCAUCCUCUAAAGCCCAUGCCUGGUCUGGAUCUCCCAGCAGGACCAUGGAGAUGGGAAACCACACAAGCGCCUCCCAGUUCAUCCUCCUUGGUCUCUCCAGCCAACCUGAGAAGCAGGAGCUGAUCUUCGGGCUCUUCCUUCUCAUGUACCUGGUUGGGGCAGCUGGGAACCUGCUCAUCGUCCUGGCUAUUGGCUCGGACUCCCACCUCCACACACCCAUGUACUUCUUUCUCAGCAACCUCUCCCUGGUGGAUUUCUGCUUCAUCUCCGCCACAGUUCCCAAGAUGCUUAUGAAUAUCCAGACACAGACCCAGUCCAUUUCCUACAGUGGCUGCCUAGCCCAGAUCUACUUCUGCAUUUUGCUUGCAAACAUGGACAACUUCCUCCUGACGGCCAUGGCUUAUGACCGCUACAUGGCGAUCUGCCGGCCCCUGCACUACUCCAAGACGAUGAGUCUAGCAGCUUGUGCCCUGAUGCUUGGGAGCGCCUGGCUCCUUGCCAACCUCCACUCCCUGCUGCACACCCUCCUCAUGGCCCGGCUGGACUUCUGUGCCAGCAACGUCAUCCCUUACUUCUUCUGUGACCUCGUUCCCCUGCUUCAGCUCUCCUGCUCCAACACCCUGCCCAAUCAACUCAUGAUUCUGCUGGUGGGGGGCCUGAUCGUCCUCAUCCCCUUCCUCGGCAUCCUCAUCUCCUACGUCCACAUUGUGUCUGCUGUGCUCAAGGUCCCAUCUGCCCAGGGAAAACAGAAGGCCUUCUCUACCUGUGGCUCCCACCUUGCUGUGGUCAUCCUCUUCUAUGGGACAAUCACAGGGGUCUACCUGAAUCCCUCACCCUCCCAUGCAGCUGACAAGGAUUCACUGGCUUCAGUAAUGUACAUGGUGGUCACCCCUCUGCUGAAUCCCUUCAUCUACUGCCUGAGGAAUAAGGAGAUGAAAGGAGCUCUGUGGAAACUGGUCAGUGUGAAGGUUGCAUUCCAUGGGCUGUGAUAGCACAGCUCCCUUUCGGGGCCUCUGUGCUGGAAAGAGGAUGAACCCCAGGGACAGACUCAACACACAGAAGGUGGGAGAAGCAGAUCUCACUGUCCUGUGUUGUCACUGUGGCCAGCAAAGCCUGUCAUUGCUCCAUAAGUAAUCUGCAGGUCCAAAAUAUCUUGACCCCUGUCCUGACUGCCUAGACUACCAAGAGGGGAAUAAACUCUCCCAUAAAGACAAAACCACAUAAACAGGUAUAAAGUAGCUCUACCUGCAGACCUUCUGGAGAGGGUUCAUGUGAGAACGGUGAGCUCAUAGGAGUCUGGUACCUGUGCUGGUGGGCUUCCCUGGUGGC